AUAGCGCUUCAUCGGGCGACGGUUAUACAUAUCGCUACCAAACGCUUCGACAUCUGUAAUAUUAUAUUCGUUUCGUAAUUUAUUUAUUCGUUUAUUUAUUUCGCUGAACAAACCAACAAAAUAUCUGCGAUCCCUGCGAGACAGCAGGUUAUUGAACGCUAUUGAACAUCAUGGCGACCGAAGUAGGAUCGGAUAUUGCACUUAUACAAGAUGAAGAUGUGUUGCGCAGAAUGUGGAUACAAACUGAAGAUUUUGGCAAGAAAAAAGAGAUUCGCGUGAGGAUGUAUAAGCUUCGGGAAAAACGAUUAAAAGAUUUGUACACAAAUACGUCAGGUGUAACGGCUCAAACAGAAACUACGUCUAAGCGCUCAUCAGCCCGAACACACACGGAAUCUAUUACAGAUCAAGGAUUUAUGACCAUGAAAACUAAAGAGAUACGAGAUUCCGAAUCACCAACAGAAGAUUAUCAACGACAAUCUAAUACCAAUAAAAAUUAUUAUGUUUCAUCGCAAAGUGACGAUUCAGUCGACAAUAAAGGAAUAGUUCAAAUGGAACUGAUUAGUUCUAGAAUAAGACCAAAUGAAGAGUAUAUACAUGAUUCUAUGAAACAAACGUCAAUGUCAAGCUCUACUACUUCUAAAUGGGAAUCGUCACAAACUAUUAUUUCUGUAUCAGAAGAAAUUCAAAAAGCUGAUGUAAAUUUGAACUCCAAAUUUAUUGUUAACGAACAGAGUAACGACGACCGUCAGCUAACGUACGAUACAUCAUUCAAUCAAUCAAACAAUUCAAAUGUUGAAAGCAAGAUAUUAGAAUCAGUAUCUACUAAAAACACUGAUUGUAUUGAUAAAAGCCAAUAUUCAAAUGACCAUCAAAAAGUCAUUGAAACAUACACAUCAAAUAGCGAUACAUUUGAACCUGUAUCAGAAAGUGUAUUGAACAAGAACAAUAAAUACGUUGAUAAUACUUCUGCAUCGGAAAAUGUAUCGAUUAAAAACAAUAAAUAUGUUGAUAAUACAUAUGCAUCGGAAAAUGUAUCAAAAAAAUAUAAUAAAUACGUCGAUAAUGUGUCAGAAAAUGUGUCGAACAAAAACAGUAAAUGUGUAGAUAAUGCAAGUGUAUCAGAAUUUGUAUCAAAUAACGACAAUACAUUCGAAGAUAAUAUUAUAAACACAUCAGAAAAUGUAUUGAACAUAAACAGUAAAUAUAUUGAUAAUACAUAUGUAUCAGAUAAUUUAUUAAAUAAGGCCGAAAAUGUCGAAAUAACAACGGAUAAUAAAAUUAUAACUGAAAUUCAAAAAUUGGACUCUAAUUUAUCUAUACCACAUGAAAAGAUCGAUGUAUCUACUAAAUCAAAUUUAACAGCGUCAAACGAAGAAAAAAUAUCAAAAAAAGUAGAAGAUCAAAUUAAAGAUUCAUCAAAAGAAAACAUUGAAGGUCAAUAUACCACUACCUAUCAACAUUCUUAUCAGCAACCAAAGAUAAGUGUUGAUUUAAGCCCAUCACAUGAAGCGUUUGCGCGGAGCUUACGAUCAACACCCGAAAGAUCUAGUCCUUCACCUUGCAAAGAACGAUCUAGUCCAGAACGUAAAUUUAAAUCAGCCAGUCCAGAACGUAGAUUUAAAUCAGCCAGUCCCGAAAAAUAUAGAGUGUCACCAGAAAAAUCAGCGAGUCCUCCUAAAUUGCUUAAGUCGUCUACAAGACGAAAACUUUCGUCCACAAACACAAAAGAUUUAUCAAAAAAACGAGCUAAUACGCCUACUCGAUAUGAUUCUUCAGAUGAUUCUGAUUGUUCUGGUGCAACUCAUUGUACCUACGAUAAGUAUAAAGGUUACGAUGCGAAGAGAAGUUUAUUUAAAGAAGAAACAAAGAUAACUUCAACAACAAAAUAUAGUCAAAAAUCACCAUCAGCAAGUCCGACACUAAGAGAAAAAUCACCACCAAAAAGUCCGGCACAAAACGAAAAAUCAUCAAGUCCAGUGCGAAGACAAAAUUCACCAUCAAGUCCGGCACAAAGAGAAAAAUCGCCAUCAAUAAGUUCGAUAAAAAGACAAAAAUCAUUAUCAAAAAGUCCGGUACAAAGACAAAAGUCACCAUCAAAAAGUCCAAUACCAAGAGAAAAAUCUCCUGGGUAUAGUAGUGAUGGAUCAGUUGGAAAAGAAGUAAGAAAGGCUUCGUUGAUAACAAAACAUAGUUCACAUGAAAGUAGCCCUGAAAGAAGUGCUUUUAAACCAGUAAAACAAUAUGGAAUAUCUCAAGUUCAAUCUAGUACUCAAAAUGAUAAAAUCGAUCUUAUAACAGGAGAGGACAACAUUUAUACUAAUAAUUACUCGUCUAAAAAUAAAAUAGUAGAUGUUAACAACUUAAUUGAAGUUAUUAAACCAGAAGCUACAAUUUCUUUAAAUAAAAAUAAAAAAAUAGAACUCAUCCACGAAAAUGUCAAUAAUACUUUGGAAUCUAAAAAUAAAUCUAUUCAAGAGCAGUUCAUCAUACAUGAACAAGACUGUGAAUUAGAUGAGCAAAUCGACAAUGUUGAAGUAAUAAGUGAACAGAAAUAUAAUACUAAAAUUAAUAAAACAAGUAGGGAAAAAUCACCUAUAAAAAUUAUACAAAAGGGAAAUAACCACGAGGAUUUCAUUGAAAACGAAAAAUUAAAUGUGGUAAAUGAGACCAUUAAAAUAAAUGAUAGCAUAGCUGUGAAACCUAGGGAAAAAUCUCCAAUAAAAGAAACAAAACCUAUCCUGAAAGAUACUAAAACAUACCCAAAUGUUAAGACUCCAGAAAAAAUAUCACACUUUCCUUAUAAUAAAACUAUUACACCUACUAAAAGAACGACGAUAGAAGUACCACUACCAGUAAAGAAAACUAUACCUUCAAGUUUGGAAAAAAUCUCUUCAAAGAAAAACCUUGUACAUAAGGAUUCAAAAAACAAUAUAUCCAAUAAAACUGUUAAAAAAGAUUUGUCGAGAGAAAAAAUUGAUAUUAAAAUUACUAGAAACGAAAGUAAAACGUUAAUACAUAAGAACUCAAAAGAUAGUAUAACUUUAAAAACAGUAACUAAUAAGCCCAGCCAAGAAUUACUUAUUGAUAAAAAAACAACUAUAUCAUUUAGAAAUAAGGUAACAAACCCAGAAACUAAGCCCAAGAAUCAAGAACCACUAAAAAUGAUUGAGAAAAAAGAUUCUAAGACUAAAUUAAAACCUAUUAGUCCACAGUCUUCACAAAAAAAAAUGGAUAUUAUGAAAUCAAGUACUGAAACGAAAACAACUAUAGAUUCUAAAAAGAAUAUUGGAAAUAUAAACUUAAAAAAUAAUACUUCUACAAUUGUUUCUAAACCUAAGAUAUUGACUUCAGCCCAACCUAAUAUAAAUGAAACUACACCAAGAAAAACAAAAAAUUAUUCUAAAACGAUUUCAACAAUAACUACAGAUAAACCUCAAGUAAAAAAAACUACUACAUCUAAUUUAAAUGAGACUGUAAAAGUUGAAGUGACUAGAAAUGUAGAAUUAAAAUCUAAAGAUUUAGAAGACGAGUUACCUCCAGAUAAUUUUGAAAGCGAUACUGAUUUGGACGAUUCAACUGAAAAAUCAAAAUAUAUCAAAAAUAAUACAUCAGACUCUGUAUCAUCUUCUUCAUCUUCCGAUGAUGAUAAUGUAGAUGAAAAAAAAAUUAAGGAGCUAAAUAAUAUAAGAAUUGAAGCAGAAGAAGAAUAUGGUAAAAAAAUGACAAACAAAGAUGCAUUGUUAAAUGUUACUGUUCAAUUGCCCCAAUCAUCUAGAGAAUCGUCACCCGAGUAUUCUGCAAGAUUUGGCGGCCACCAAUAUUGUUCUGUAUCAGAUGAUGCAAGUUUACCAAGAUACGCUGAUGUUGUGAGUGAACCAGAAGAUGGUAAUGAUUAUACAUUAAAUAGUAACAGAUAUGAUAUCGUGACAGACUUGGAUGAAGAUAGUAAUGUAACAGUUGCUGAUAGAGUUUUAAAGUUUUUGAAUCAAGUAAACAAACAAGAAGAUAUAAAAAAGUCUGAAAUACCUCAGAGUCCUCAAGCAGUAAGGAAAACAAAACAAAUUUUUGAAUCUAUUGCAAAAGGUCAAGUUAAAGAAACCGAUUUUAUUCAAGAAGAUACAAGCAAAUCGGAAAAAUCAAAUACUGAAAUUCACGUACAAGAAGAUUUAACAAAUAUCAAUAAAAAGCCUAAUCUUUUGACUAGAAAAAUUUCAGGAGCAUCUGAUUAUAAAACUCGAAAAGAAUUUUUUGAAAACGGAAAAUCAAACAGUAUACAAGCAAAAACAACAAAUCUUUCCCCCAAAAAAAUAACAAGAACGUCUUCUAUAAAGGAAAGACGUGCUUCGUUUGAAGCUAAGGCCGAUAAAAAAACACCAUUGAAAGACAAAACAAAUGUAACUAGAACAAGAUCACCUGAGUCUAAGAAUAGUUCUCCUGACCGAACAACCAAAAGUCCGUCGAAAGUCAUUAAAACAGAAAUAUUCGACGUUAAAGUAAAUGAAAUCUAUAAAUCUAGAAAUGUGACAGGAUCCAAUACUGUGAAAGAUAGAACCACUACUUUCGAAGGAAAUGAAAUCACUCAAAAGUCGACUAAAGAAAAUAAAACAACUCCUAGACAUCAGUCUCCCAGUUCAGGUAGACCAUCGGAAACCUGUAAUAAACCAUCUACAUUUGUCAAUACUGUAACUUCAAGCCAAAUAUCGUCUAAAACUGCUAGUCCAAAUAGAAGCAAAAAAAGUCCAGAAAAAACAACAGUCGUUCUUACUACCAAUAAAUUCAAUGAAAGUAUAAACAGAAAAGUAUUAUCAAAAAGUCCAGAAAGAAAAGUCGUGGAAACUCCGGACAAAAAUAAGCCUAAGAAUUUUGAAAAUGUAACAUUGAAAACAAAAGAAGACACUAAGGAAAAUCGCCAUAUUCAAGAUACAACUGUAUCAUCCAGGCAACAUUCAACUGUUACUUCCAAAACUGAAUUUGGAAUAACUACAAAAACUUCAACUACACCAAAAACUACAUUAACAACGUCCAAAUUAACUUCAGUUCCUAAUGUUGACGAUAAAGCAGAAAUAGAGGACAUUUUUGACUUACAAAUUCUAGAAUCUAUGCUGGAAAAAGCAGUGGGUUACGAUCGCAGAAGUCGAAUAAGAGCACAAAAACGAGUUGUUAAACGACAACAAGAAUCAAAAACUGUAAAUGAAACAACAGCUAAAACAUGUGCAUCGAAGAACAUUCAAAAUACUGUGCCAGUUAAACACCAAAAACAAAGUAAUGUCACCGUAGAAAAGACAGAGUAUGUAAAAAAGACCGAAGUUCAAAAGCAAAGAAGUGUAUCACCACAAAAAUCAUAUAUAAAUCAAAUUAGCAAUUCUCGAUCUCCUUCGCCACAAAAGACAUUAAGGUUAGUUGAAGAAACUCGAUCUCCAUUGCCUCAAAAAAUUUCAAGGUCAAUUGAAAAGGCUCGAUCUCCUUCACCCCAAAAAACUAUUACACCAGUGGAAAAAGUUCGAUCAGGUUCUCAUCAAAAACCCAAUACAUCUGUUGAAAAAUCUCGAUCUCCCUCACCGAAAAAAUCUGUAGUUAAGCAACAACUAGAGUCAAGAUUGAACAAAAAUGAAAAGUCUAUCCGAAACUCAAGUACAACCACUACUUCAACAACAGUCACUACAACAACUAAAGUAAAAAGUGAACAAUUCAGUACCAACACCUUUCAAGAACAGAAUGUUACGGAUUUGAUUACAUCCAGCUACGGUGUAGGCCCAACUGACGACAAUGGUAGGCCAUUGUUCGGUUUGAGAGCUCUCAGGAAAACUAACACCAACCAAUCGCUUACUGCAAGCAUUGUAACUGACAAUCUCGUUGAUACGUCCGUUUCUGACCAUAAAAAUAAACCGCUCUCUGGUUUGAAGGCAUUGAAAGGUGAAAACUCAGUACAAGAGUCGAGGACCGUUCAUCAGAAAGUUUCCGAACAAAAAGGUGGUGUUGAUCAAUUGAUCACCGACCACAAAGGUAAACCGCUGUUUGGACUGAAAGCAUUACAGAGUAUUGGUAAAAACGAAGAAGAACCUAUUUACGAAGAUAUGCCAGAACCACCGGUAUCUCCGCAGCUGAAAGAGCUAGUUCUAAAACACGAAAAACAUGCUAAAGAGAGUUCUAAGUUUGAUGAGCAACCUAGACAAAAACCAAAAGCGAAAUUUAGAGAUAGUUUUAUACUUGAUACUAAAGAUGAGGGGUUGUAUUCUACUUUUGAACAAAAUGGAUAUACAGACCCCAAUUCAAUAUCAUUGCAUUCAAUUAUAAAAAAAUCUGAAGAUGAUAAUUGCAAUGAAACUAUAUUGAAGACAAGCAAAAGUCAGUCAACAGUUUUUCAGUCAAAAAGUGUUAUGAGAUCUGAUGGAUCUGGAAAAGUUUCAGUUACACAAGACUUCUUGAAAGGUGAAGUAUCUUCUGUGAAUGAUCAAGAACCAUCGGGUAAACUUACACGGGGACAUUAUACCUAUCAGAGCCCCGAUAAUUCAGAUCUCAAAAAAGGUAUUGCUAAAGUUACUACAGUUACUACUCCCAUCGGUAAAGGCACCGGUCCUGAAAUUACUGAAAUUACUGAAGAACUUAAUGAGUCUGAUAAUAUUGAUGGUAACAAAGUAGUGAAAAGAAGUCGUACUAACGACAAAUUUGAAAGUAUCCAGAAGAGAUUCAGUCAAGAAAAUUUUGAUCGAGACAGUAGACGUUCGUCAAAAGAAUCAAAUGGUUACGAAAGAACUGAAGAUUCAACUCAGAAUACGCCGAGAACGAGUUUAGUACGCGGCGAUUCAAUCAAGGCACUUCAACACAAAUUUCAGCAAGCCACUGUUUCAUCUAGUUUGAAACAAAACAGGUCUUCUAAAUCUGAUUCAACUAAUAGUAAUAGACAAGUUGAAGAAAAAUCAGUAACUACUAAAGUAAAUGCUUCAAAAAGUAGUGUAACUGCUUCAUCAUUUCUUGAUAAUAGUUCAAGAGUGACUGGUGUUCAAGAUGUUUUAACUAGAAUGCGAAAUGCUGAUCUAGUUGUUGAAAAUGGUGAUACCAAUGAAGACAUUGAAGCCCGUUCACUGCUCAACAAGUUUUUAGGUGCAUCAGUCAUUCUACAUGGUAUGGAACAUGGAGGACAGUCUCCAACAUCUAAUCCUUCUGCGACAACGACAAGCAGUGCAUCACUUGUUAAUCAGGUGGAAAAACAAAGGGCUCAGAAAUCCCCUGUGAUAAAGAAGAACCUGAACGAACAAGAGCUCGAAAAUAUUUGGGACGAAAAACAAUUACAAAUUUUGUUGGAAUCGUGCCAAGACUACGAUCAAAGAAGAAAAAUCAGAGCCAGGUUAAGGCAAAUCAUGGAAGAACAUAAAGCGUGCGCCGACGUCGUGUCACAGGCGAGCACCGGUUGCAGUGUGACGGCCCAGGAUCAAUCGAACGAAGUCGUCGAAACGAAUUCGUCGAGCGUGUCCAGCAAAACGGAAAGCAGCUCGUAUGUAAAAACUGAAGUGCAUACUAGGACAACGACUUCUAGUAACCGUCUGACUAAAGCCAACAGCGUUAGUUCUUCGCCGUUCGCCAAGUUCCAGCAACUCGAACGUCAGAACUCGGCUCCGAACUCACAAUCGCGCCCUUGCUAUAAAUUCACCGAUCCCGCCCUGGCGCGGAGCGCUUCGUCAAUCAAAGAUCGCCUUCUCAACUGGGUUAAAGCUCAGACAAAGGAAUACAAGAACCUCCAAAUAACUAAUUUCUCAACAAGUUGGAGUGAUGGUCUUGCGUUCUGCGCCCUCAUCCAUCAUUUUUACCCGGAAGCAUUCGACUUCGAUAAACUAAAACCUGAAAACCGUAGAGAAAACUUCGAAAUUGCAUUCAAAGUAGCCGAGGACGAAGCCGGUAUAGCUCCACUGCUGGACGUCGAAGACAUGGUGGUCAUGAGGAAACCCGAUUGGAAAUGUGUGUUCACGUACGUGCAAACGUUCUACCGGCGGUUCCACAACUCUCCUCAAGCAGCCAAACCUUCGAUCUAAUAUCGUCCGUUCUUCUAGUGUUCGCGUUUUUAUCAUUAUAUUAUUUUUAUACGGUUUUGUUUUACGAAAAAUUAAUAUAAAAAACAAAAAAAAAAAACAUCUCCCUCAUGUAGGCAGGUGUGUUUUAUUAUAUCAUAUUGUUAUUAAUGUUUGUACACUUUCGUACCGAUCAAAACGCGGGCGCGAUUGAUUUUUGUUUUUAGUCGACUUCGUAAUCGGUUUUAGUCUAUCCACACUAAACGCUCUACAUAAUAUAUAUAUAUAUAUAUAUAUAUCCUUUCCGCCCGUACACCGUUUGCUCCGGUUAAAUGUUAAAAAUGAUGAAUGAGGCCCAUCAUUACAUUCUAUUAUUAUAUAGGUGAUAUUUAUGUAUAGAUUUUAUAUUUUAUUUUAUUAGAUACUCGUGUAACAACAUUAUAAUUACUGUAUCCGGUAGCUUUUUUGUCGAGCUGGCGUGCACGCGCGAUAAUACAACACAGCAAUCCUUCCGAUCCCUGAACCCGCGAAAUGUCGUUCGUCGAGCUGACUGAUCCCUCCGACGGUAGCUGCAACACUUCUCGUCGUGUAAACAUACGGCUGCGCUUCUUGUAGUCGGAUCCUGACCUGCCGAUCGGCCCAAUCGGAAUCCGAAAAAAAAAAUACACUACAGUGUAUUUUUAGUGCAUCACUCGAAUGCAUUUCUAACCGAUGACGCGCGUCUUGCACAUACGCCCCGUCUGAUUAUCCUGUCCCCCCCCUCAUAUAGCGGGUCUUCACCGGGUUGUAAACUAUAACCACCGCGUCGUAUUGCCGUUGUUAUUAUUUUUAAAACCGUUGUUGUACUCGUCAGCCGGCAAUCACGCCGAGUAACAUAGUAAUACGUUUAUUAUUACUAUAAUAUUUAGUUUAUAAUGAAAUUUAAAUUGUUAAAUGAUUAACAAGACUAAUCUCUAUGAUGAUAAUAAUAAUAAUAAUAACAAUACCUACAUAGAACAACUACCUACUACAUAAUUUCCUAACAUACGAGAAGUAAUAUUUUCGAAUGAGAUGUGUAGUAAUACACCAUCUCGUCCAUGGCGUAUACAUUAUACACAUAAAUAAUUAACAAACUUAUAUCUUGUCCAUGUGUUAAUCCACAUAUGUGCACGUUAUUAUUAUUAUUAUUAUGAAUUUUGACAAGGUAAUGUCAUGGUACAGGGUAUGGAUAAUGCCUAAUAAAAUAUACAAUUAUAUAUAAAUUAUUAUAUUAUUUUCUAAUAUUCUAUAAUUUUAUUAUUAUACAUUUUUUGUUUAUAGUUCAUCGAUGAUUAAUAAUACCAUUUGGAUACCUA